AUGGACGUCCUCGUCAACUUGCGAGAAAGCCAUCUGCGCGCCAUCCUCAUCGCUCUCUGCGAUGAUCUGCACACGCGCCGGAAAGUGGUCGACAUGGCAAACAAGCUGGUGACGGCUCCGUCCAACUGCGGAGGAAGCGACCAGGCCAUCUGCGUCCAGUGCAGCCAGGCGUUUUCCGUCCUUGCGCGCCCCGAGAACCGAUGCCGUUUUCAUCCUGGUUCCAUGAACGCCGAUUAUGACGACGAGACGUGGGCAGACACGGAUGAAAAGACAUGGGGCCCUAUAGAAACGGAGGAGAACAUGGAGGAAUGGCCAGAUGCCUUUAUUUGGGAUUGUUUGGCAAUUAACGCAGCAUUGACUUUAUUACUUUUUCCAGCCAAUAACGCCAGGGGGGACUACUAG